UGAUGCCGCUAACUCCUACAUAGUACCCAUAAGGAAUGUGGUGAUUCUUGCAUGUCUUAAACAGGGCAAAAAAGCAAGAUAGAAGACUUCGUUAGAAUUUUUUACAAGUAUAAAACAGUUUUCAGACUUACAUGGUUUAAAAAUGUUUCCAAAUGUGAUUUCGCCUUCACAGUUGUAUCAAACAUACCUUCGUUCAGCUGCCAAUUUGGACGCUCAAGGACUUGGUCAACCUGGACCUUCUGCAUCGUUUCUUGUUGAAAAUUUACUCCGCGAGAGGGGUCACUCAUUGCUGUCUCGUCAGUUUCCCCUGGGGAGACCCGUCCUCCCCCCACAGCCGAAAUCUCCUGGUGACGGCUCGCGACAAAAUCCUUCAACGUCAUCGUUCCUGAAAUUCGGAGUUAACGCGAUUCUAGGAUCCUCUGACGAUGAGAGUGUACAAAAACACGUGGAAGAGACAUGUUCUUCGACACUGACCACCCCUCCAUCGUCCCUCCCCGGGCUCCCAGCCUCCUACCUAAAGACAUGUGGAACAGGGCUUAUGGGGCAGGGGUUGCCUCACCCUACUGCCUAUUUUCCGCGCCACCCUUUCUACGAUCCACAUCUGAAUGGAAUGAUGAGGCAUCCUUAUUUCACAAAUUCCCCACUUUUACCGGUUCCAAAUGCGUUUACGUUCCUGAGUAGUAUGCGAGGGAAACCAAGAAGAGGGAUGUUAAGGAGAGCGGUCUUCUCAGACAUGCAGAGAAAGGGUCUGGAAAAGAUGUUCCAAAAACAGAAAUACAUCAGCAAACCCGACAGGAAAAAACUAGCCGCUAAACUGGGCUUAAAAGAUUCACAGGUCAAAAUUUGGUUCCAAAAUAGAAGAAUGAAAUGGAGGAAUUCAAAAGAGCGGGAGAUGCUAUCUGGAGGUGGAUCACGUGAUUCUUCUUUACCAUGCAAAUCAGAUUCCAACAACGACGGUGAGGACGUCAUCAACAAAGAUGGUCAUGUUGCUUGCAAACAAUUAGAAUGCACACAGACUAGAGCAACUGAAGAAAGCAUUGAAAAAACAAUUCAUAUUUCACAAUCACGUGACUUCAAAGAUGUGGCAUUUGAGCAACCAAUGGACGACGACGUUACAAGUAGUUCUGAGAGUGAUGAUGAAAUUGAUGUAUCAUGAUGUAUUUUUGAAGAUUUAAUAAAAACGCAUGAUUUUGCGCUAAUAAAAAUUUUGAAUGUUGAAAUAUUUUGAUACUUGUAUAAUAAAUAAAGGGAUAGCUGUUUUCCUUUUUUGUGGCAAAACUGGUUGAUUCUAGGAAGAAACUGAAGAAUUACAUUUAUACGCAAUUUUGUCGAUCUCUUUCUUUGUCGUAUCAUCUGCAGAAAAUAUUCAAUGUCAUGAAUAUUACAGAAUACAAAUAUUUAUUUUAAGGUGCAAUAUUUACUGUAAAUGUUUUAAUCUUUAUUUCUGCAGACUCUUCAUUGUACUAAUAAAUCAUAAAAUCCUU